AACUGUUGAUAGAAACGCUCGUAGUUAGUUUUCAAGUCAGCCGUGAAAAUUUAAUAUUUGUUCUUAAUUUAACCAAGAUGGGAAUUUUAAUAUGGUUAGCGAGUGUUCUGGUGACCCUUAUCUCCAUGAUUUACUUAUAUUUCAAGUCUUCGUUUUCUUACUGGAAAGAUCGCGGAGUUCCAUACAGCGAACCUACCUUUCCAUGGGGAAAUAUCGUGCAAAAUGGGAAAAUUGCAACUCUAAAGGCGAUAAUUGGCAAGCUUUAUACCAUCCGGGAAACGUCAAUUCCGUUCGUUGGUGGUUAUACUUUCAACAAGCCAUUCGUUCUUGUAUCUGAUCUGGAAUUCGCUAAACAUGUUCUCAUCAAAGACUUCAACUACUUCGAAGAUAGAGGUGCAUACUAUAAUGAACGAGACGAUCCUUUGUCUGCACAUUUGUUUGCCCUGGAUGGACCCAAGUGGAGGGUGCUACGAGCUAAAAUGACUCCGACAUUUACUGGAGGGAAAAUGAAGUUUAUGUUCCCAACAAUUCGGCAGGUUGCAGAGAAAUUAUCUGGUGCGUUGGAAAGCAAUCUUGACAAUGAAAACUAUCUGGAAGUUAGGGACUUACUAGCGCGAUAUUUUACGGAUGUUAUUGGCACGUGUAUCUUCGGCAUUGAAUGCAAUAGCCUCAGCAAUCCUGAUGCCGAAUUUCGGAGAGUUGGCCGCCAUUUAUUCGAAAAACCACAUCUACCACCAAUCCUACGAGCAUUUACACUUAUCUUUCCGGAUUUGUCACGUAAAUUACAUAUAAAAGUUACAUCAGAUUUUGUGUCCAAGUUCUUCAUGAGGAUUUUACGAGAAACCAUAGAAUACCGGGAAAGCAAUAAUGUCCGCCGAAAUGACUUCAUGGAUAUUUUAAUUCAACUGAAAAACGGCCAAGAUGAGGGAGCUGAUGGUAGUGGACGAAUAGGGAAGUUAACCUUCGAACAGAUUGCUGCUCAAGCGUUUGUGUUUUUCCUCGGAGGGUUUGAAGCUUCUGCCGCUACAAUGUCCUUCGUAUUACAUGAACUGAUGGUCAACAAUGACAUUCAAGAUAAAGUUAGAAAGGAGAUUUUCGAUGUCCUUGAAGAGCACAACGGAGAAACAACGUACGAAGCAUUGAACGACAUGAAAUACUUGGACCAAGUUAUUACAGAAACCCUUCGCAAAUAUCCGCCCGUCAUUUUCCUCAUACGAAAGGCAGUUAAGGAUUACCCAGUCCCAAAGACAAAUAAAAUAAUCGAAAAAGGAAUGUCAAUAUUCAUUCCGGUUGAAACUUUUCAACAUGAUCCUGCAAUUUAUCCUGAUCCGGAUGUCUUCGACCCAGACCGCUUUUCAUCUGAAACUGAAGGGAUUGGACGACCUUCGGACGCAUUUCUGGCUUUUGGCGAUGGACCACGUAAUUGCAUUGGAUUACGAUUUGGCCUACUGCAAGUUAAAAUGGGACUUGUGGCAUUGCUUAAGCAUUACAGGUUCAUUAGGUGCCAGAAAAGUCAAAUACCUCUUCAAUUUACUAAUUUUACACCGGUUCUGACCCCAAAAGGCGUAUGGUUGGGAGUUCAGAAAAUUUAAACAAGCUGUUUUUUGUAGUCGUGCAUUAAUAAAAGUAUUGAAAAUGUUCCAGGUUAAAUAAGAGAAAAUGCACGAAUGUAUGUAUAGAAAUUAUGAAGAAUAAAAAUUAUGGAAACGGCUCUAAAAAGAAAAAAAAUUAUUCAAGAUAAGACAUGACUAAGAAUCUCCAAAUUACCAUCAAUUUUACUGAACUUGUCUUGUAAUCACUGCUGCGGACUGUAAUUUGAAAACUUUCGAUUCUGUGAAUCACUGUAAUAGUAUUAAUUUUUUAUGUAUCUAUUCUACCUAAUCACAUCAAAGAAAAAUUGGAGAUAAUAGAAAAGCAUAGCAAUUUAAAAAGCUGCUAAAAUUCCAUGUUGGUACAAAAUAAUUAAAUCCUUGAUUAUAUUUUGUAUAAAGGCAACACCAGUAGUGCAAAAGUAGAGAUUUUAAGCUAUAUUAGUAUAUCUUUUUUAUAAUUUUUGGAAGUAUUCACACUAAAGUACCAACUUUAUGAUCUGUAUCUUUAUAAAAACUAAAGACUGAAAGCAAAAGCGCAGUGAAUAAUGUAUAAUAUAUAAUCGAAUAUUAAAAUAGCGAAAAAAAAAAACGAAAAAUAACCUAAAUUAAAACUGAUGGGCUUUGAUAUGUUACCAAACUUCAUGAGUAUAUUCUGAUAGUAAAAUCGCUAGUCAAUAAUGUUCCAACAUUACCGCUGUCAAAAACUAAAUAAUUGACUAAAAAUAUAUUUCAAAAUUGAAAAUCGUGCCCCGGGUUGUUAUAAUAAAAACCCUUUUGAUUUACAUCUACAUAUCUAUCUACGAUUAGGAAUAGUAAGUUGUAAUUUAAAUCAGAAUUAUCAAAAAUUAAUGCGCAACUAAUAUGUGAACGCUAUUUAAUUUGACAUAUAUCUCAAAUUUAAUUCUCGUAUCUUGUAUUAUUCCAAUAGAAUGGGUAAUAGGAGGGGAAACGAAGGGGCUAAACGAGAGAAAUCCAGUAGAGUGCGUGCUAGAAUUAUAAAGCACUCCUAAUUUCCAAAAGACUUGCCUUUAUGAUAAUAGUCUCACAUUCAAUCGGCAAUUAAAUUAAUGUCUUUUGUACUUUUUUCGAAUUUCUCUUCCUUUCCUUUAAAAAAUCAUUUACCAUCUGUGGAAUGCAUUUUCAGUGCUUUGAACCUUGUAGGAGGCCUAAAAAGUUUGGGUUUUUUUCUUGGGAUCAACAUAUUUCCUAGUUCACUUUUUGAAUAACAGGGGUUACUUGUGGACGAUUAACAGUCGAAACAGUCUAGAGAGAGGUUAAGUAAGCAUAAAUCGCUAUAAUCUUUACAUGAACGAAAACUUUGAGCGCGUUUUCCUCAACACAGGUUUCUCCCGCGUCGUGCAAUGUGACUCAAAAACUAAUGAAGCGAUCGGCUUCAAAUUUGGUACAAAUAUUCCUUAACUCAUUGGCCUUUGCACAAACCUAAAAUUUCAAUUAAAUUGUUAUAAUAAAUAAGGUUUUUAACAUAUUGUUUAUGCGAAAAAAA